AUGGAUCUUUACGACGGAAUACGCGAACUUGAUCGACCAUUCAUGCAUCGAAGUCUUUGUGAGGUUUACGAGCAUUUUACCGUAAGUUUGAUUUUCAAUUAGGUUUUUUUUAUUCACAGGCCUAGGAAUUUGACCAAGGGUUUUUUGGGGUAAUGUAUUUUUAGUAAAAAAACGCCACCACGUGGUCCGAUUUUUUUUGUUGCGAAACCACCUGGGUGUGAAGUGGUCUAGAUCUGGCUAACCCAAGGCCGAAUAGCGUCCACGUCGUCUCGAUGUGGUUGAAAAAAAUAAAAAUCUUCCGAAUAGAAGAAAUCUUGGGGAAAAUUGUUUUAUUUUCUAUUUUUCAUGAUUUUUGGGUCAGAAAAACAAUAGGAAAUGCACUCAUCCCCUUUUCGGAUUUUCAAAAACUUAGGCCACGGAAAUUAAGGGGUUCACCACACAAAAAUUGCCCCAAUUUUUUCGCACUGGGCCAUUUAUUUUGAGAAAAUUGUCCCGAGAACACCAAAAACAGCAAGAGCCAAACUGUUCUCAAGUCUGCAGCAAGGUGGUUCUGCCAGAAAACCCUCCUCUGCUACGGAAAUCUGACUAGGUUACAUCGAGACAAGGCAAUAUGGGUAGAGUUUCCCAAGAAAUAAAUAACAAAGCCGAUGGACGAACCAUAUGUGAAUGGGAGAAUAAGAGACCUGCUUUUUUUAAAUGAUCUCAAAUGAUACCUGAAAAAGUCUGACAAAACAAAAAAGUUUAUUGAUUUUUUAGGGACUCUAUAACCAAUCUCAAAGAUUCCGCUUGAUGCCAGAAUAUGCAGAGGAGAUUCAAACUCUCAAAACACAAUUCUUCACCAAAAUGCGGGAAGCACGCCGACUUUCGGUUAGUUGUUUUCUCUUUGAUUUUCAUGAAAAUCAAAACUGAUUUCAGCGACUAUUCGAAAACUCACUGAACCCAAUGUUGUUCCUAGAAGAUCUCGUUAACAACAUUGAAGACAUGAAAGACAUUUGUCACGUGGGUUUAUUUAAAAGAAUUUUUGAUCAAAUUAGCUUUUUUGAACUGGAGAAAAGAAAAAAGUAUAAUAAAUUUUCCUCUUUGAAAAAAAAAAGCCAAAAAACCAAUGUUGAGCGGAAUAGGCAGGUGACAAAAAAUGCACAUUUAUUCUCUAGAAACACACUUUUUCUUGUUGAUGAACCAGAAACAAUCCGCUUCAGGUUUCUAUUGAUCGAAUUUUCAAGAAAAAUGGAAUGAUAACGUUCGAAAUGUUGAGAAAUUUUUUGAAAAAAAAAAUAACAAAACAUUUUCAGUGUUCCAAAUUCAAGAUAAAGGACCAAAAAUCGCUUCCAAAAAGAUUUUGUGAUUUUUUUUCUGAAGAUUGAUUCUCAAAAUUUAUCAUUUCUUAUAAUUCAUUUUUGAAUCAAAACGAAAUUGUAUUUCAGCGCUUGGCAACAAUUAUUCAAGAGCAUUAUGCACUCCCAAUUCUCCCAAGAGAAGAAGAAGAUGGCUAA